UGUUCACUUAAAAUAAGGUCAGUUAUUAUCGUUAAAUGAUUACUGACAGCUUAGCUAUACAUUUAAUGUUUUUUUGUGUGUGAAAAGGAGAAGCGUAACUGAGCGACAUCGCGAAAUAGGUGACAUUCAAAUUUCAGGUCUCCCAUGUAAACGGAUGGGGCUGAGAGAAGUUUUGGCAGUUUCUCUGCGAUGAUGGACACUUAGUUUAGUUGCGGCAGUACUCCCAAUGGAAGCUCCAGUCACAGCUGCCCCUCCUCCCAACUCCUCCGACCUGCCGGUCCCGAUCCCCCUGCAUCCAGCUGUCGCCCCGUCGGUCGAGCUCGGCUUCACUAUCCUCUACACCACUCUGUACGCCGCGCUGUUCCUGGUGGUGUACGCGCAGCUCUGGCUGCUCUACCUCUACAGACACAAAAGAUGGAGCUACCAGAGCGUCUUCCUGUUCCUCUGCCUGCUCUGGGCUGCCCUCCGCACCACCCUGUUCUCCUUUUACUUCCGUAACGCUCUGGAGGCCAACCACCUACCUGUCGCAGCCUACUGGCUGCUCUACUGCUUCCCUGUCUGUCUGCAGUUCUUCACUCUCAGCCUCAUCAAUCUGUAUUUCACUCAGGUGUUACUCAAAGUGAGAGCGAUGUAUAACUCAGACGUGGACAGAGGAGUAUGGCUGGCGCGGUGCGCGUACGGUGCACUGAGCGCCAUCUUUCUCUGCGUCAACGUGGCCUGUGCGUCUCUGGAAGACAGAGGCGCCGGGUCGGGGGAGCGGACCUGGAGUCUGGUCCUGGUUCGAGUUCUAGUCAACGACUUGCUCUUCAUCCUGGAUGCGGUGUUACUGGCUGCCUUGCUGUUGCUCCUGACCCGACACUCGCGCUUCACCAGCCCCUACCUGCUCAGCAAGGGGACCACGGUGUGCCGUACAGCAGCCCUGGGAGCAGCAGUGAUCUUGUUGUUUGCGAGUCGGGCCUGCUACAACCUGACGGUGCUCAUUCUGUCUCAGAACCACCGAGUGGAGUCCUUCAACUUUGACUGGUACAACGUCUCAGACCAGGCUGACUUGCGUAGUGAACUGGGCGACAGGGGCUACCUGGCCUUCGGCGCGAUCCUAUUCGUAUGGGAGCUGCUGCCGACCAGUCUGCUCAUCCUCAUCUUCAGGGUUCGCCGGCCCGCCCAGGAGACCAGCAGCAUGGCCAUUAACAACCGGGUCCUGCCUCGGCCAUAUUUCUUUGAUGACCCUCAAGGCAGCGAUGACGAUGCACCCGUUCCAUGGGCCCGCGGUUCACAUCCACACUCGAGCUGGUACGGCUCAGAGACCGCCCCUCUCCUGUUUGCCAGCAAUCCUCCAGAUCAGAGCCAGCAGCACCACUCGUUCUACUCCACCCCCCAGAACUGAGCCGGACUGCUCCCACGCUGUCCUAUCAGGGUCCUCCGUGAUGACGUCAUUUCCCGGAUGAGACCGCGGCACCCAGCUACCACCCGGUAGCGCCGCCCUCCCUCAAGAGUUUUUUAAAAACUGAAAACCUCAGGAAUUCUUCGACAAAACAGCGAAUAUGCACCUUGUAGUUUUUGAACAGAGAAUAUAUUGAAAAUAUUUCUUGGCUCAAAGGGAACAAACUUGUCAAGACAAGCCCCCCCCCCGACAGACACAGCCUCCUUUUAUAAAAGGUUACGGUAAGAUUUAGUCCCAAUGUGUUGAUGAAACAAGGUAAACUAGAUCUUACAAUUCCUAAAAAAAAAAUUGCACAUUUAGCUUCGUUAGCAUUCCUUCUCCUUUUUAACCCUCCUGUUGUCCUCAGGUCAAAUUUGACCCAUUUUCAAAAAGUUUAUAUAUUAGAAAUUUGGGUUUCUUUCAACCAAAAUUGCCCAAAAACAUAACGUGGAUGGUUCCGUACAACCAUUACUGUUUACAAUUAAAGUAAAAGAUCAGUUCACUACUUUCAUUGAAUUUGGGUGUUAUUCAAUUUUAUAGCGUGAAAAAUAAAAUAAAUGAUCAAAGAAUGUUGGAGAAAAAGUGACAAAAUGUCCCCAAAAAAAGUGCAGAAAAAUUGGCAAAAACAUCGACAAUAACAUUGGAAAUUUGUCACAUUUUCUUUUUAAAUUGACAAAGAUGUCAAAAAAAAUUUAAUUUGAAAUUUUUGACCACAAAAAAAAGUUGCAUGGUCGAUGGGAAGACAACACAAGGGUUAAAUUAAUGCACAUAAUGUAUAUCAUAAGCUUGCAGCUUGAUAACCACUGACCAUACUUCCAUUGUUUACAGUUUAGUGUUUUCUCCUACACUGUGUCACGUGUAUAGGAAAUAGACUAACAUACAAACAGACUCUUUUUAUCAUUCAGUGUUUCUUUAAGACCAGUAAUGUCUUUUGAUACUUUUAAUAAAUAAUCCACAUCAGCAGGCUGACUCUCUUCUAACCAGAGACCUGUACACAGCGUCUAUUUUGGUUUGUAUGGCACUUUUGCAAAAGAGUUUCAUUGUUUUUCCAUUUACAAAAUAUUUUUGAUUAUUACCUUCAUGUACAAUUGUAUUUUGAUGGGACGUUUAACUUAUUUUAUAAUGUAACCUUUUCAUUGUCGCUAACAAUCCUGUGUUCUUCUCCUUUAUGUCUUUACUGGAAUGAGGCUUCCUCAUAGCAACCAAUCACAUGGCUUUGACUUAACCACAUGAUUGAUAUUUACUGUGUAAACAAAGCAAUAAAAAUUCAAAUCUAAA